AGACGAUAAUACGGCCAGUCACAUGAAAGUGUACUGUACAAGGUGAAGUACUGUAACGUGUGACGCAGCAAUAAAACCAGUUACGUUUGCGUGUGUUUUUCAAUAGUUACGGCGUCCUGGGUGGCCAUAACAACCCGGGGGGCCAUUUGUAGACGCGUCCCUGCCUGCAGCCACGAGGCAAAGAUUCCCGCCCUCGAGACCAAAUUCUAGUUAACGUAAUUUAAUUAUAAUAAUUUCAGGACAGGCAACGGGGACGGCGUCAGGUGAAGUGAAAUUUGUUUAACAGUCUUUUAAAAAGUUCAUGUAAUUUUAAAAUAACUUUAGUUAAGUAAUGUUUAACGACUUUGUGGUGAAAUUGGCCCUAGGUUAGAAUGUAGCCUUUUGUUAGUAAGCUUAUACUACCCAGGUAGAUCUCAUCUGUGAGUUAUGGCUGUAGAUGUUCUGGUGUAGGCCACAAAAAAGGUGAAGGUUGUAAACAAGCAGAAGUAGUGAAGAAGUUAGGUUAUUUAAAAUAAAUGGGAGCGAAGGAAAAAUAACUUCAAAAUGCCUUUCAUGAAAGGAAAAGCUCCAAUUAGGAGGACUUUGAAGUACCUGGAAGCUGGAAAGAUUGUGUUUAGAGACAGAGUGAAAAUCUUCACUGUGAAUUAUAAUGUACGAGGAGACCACCAUCAAGGAGCUAGAGAAUUUGUAUUCUGGUUCCUCCCGCAAAUACAAUAUAAAAAUCCAAGUGUACAGAUUAAUACUUUCAAGAACAUGACUCCAUCGCCUUUCUUGAGGUGCUAUUUGGAUAAUGGAGAAGACGUUUUGAUUGACAUAGACAGCAAGUCAAAGGAAGAAGUGCAUGAUCAUUUGCGAAGAGUGAUGUGUAAAUCUGACGCCCAGCUCGCUGCAGAACAGACGGCCGAAGAAAAGAAGGACAACCCUGCGAACUUCGGCUUCGGCUGCGAGAAGCACUGCAUGUGCGAGAUCCCGGGCCAGGUGCCCUGCCCGACCAUCGUGCCUCUGCCGAAGCACAUGCGAGGGAAAUACAUGUACAAUAAGGAAUAGUUUUACCGCACAACAUCUCACAACUGAUAGUCCCACAACAUGUUGUACAUGUUUUGUUUGCAAUAUAGUCUUUUCUAAAAUUGUU